CGGUGGCGUACAGACUACAGCUAGUACGCAGGUUUGCCGCGUCCCGCACGAACGUCACUACCCGUACAGUCAGUGCUCGGGACGACUCGCGGCCGCAAAAAUGUCGCGCGCCGUGCUUUUUUUAAGUGUUUUUGCCAUAUUUUUGGACGUCCUGCAUGCUGGACAGGCGACUACCGGCGCGGAGCCUCAAGUGGCGGUGCUCUGCGAGGCUGGCGGUACCUACCACCCGCAGUACAUGUCAGCGGCGGGUCGAUGGACGCCAGACCUCACCACCAAGCCCCGGAACUGUCUCAAGGAUAAGAUGGAGAUCUUGGACUACUGCAAGAAGGUUUAUCCUAGCCACGACAUCACUAACAUUGUAGAGGCAUCUCACUACGUGAAAGUCAGCAAUUGGUGCAAACUGGGCACUGGAAGUGCUUCUAAGUGCAAGGUCACGAGAUGGGUCAAGCCAUUCCGAUGUCUUGACAAUUUGCCGGCAGAAGGUCCAUUCCAAUCGGACGCGCUGUUGGUGCCCGAGAGCUGCUUGUUCGACCACAUCCACAACCAGAGCCGGUGCUGGCAGUUCGCCCGGUGGAACGCUACCGCAGGCCGCGCGUGCGCACAACGUGGCCUCCGGCUGAGGACUUUCGCCAUGCUGCUGCCUUGUGGUAUCAGUCUGUUCUCCGGUGUCGAGUUCGUGUGCUGUCCAAAGCAUUUUAAGGAAAAUGUAAAAUUGCAUAAGCCUAUGGAUGUCGGAGUACCGGUUAGUCCUGGAGGUGAGGAGAUGCUUGCUGCUUCCGCUGCCAUGGACGAACGAGACGACGACCUCUUCGAUGAUGAUGAUGCCUUGGAUGAUGACGAUGAUGACGACACCCUGAACUUGAGUGACGAUGACGAUGAUGACGACACGGAUGAUGAAAUGGAUGAAGACGAGGACGCAGAGUUAUCUCGUGACGAUGACGCCGAAGAUGAUGACUAUACUGAUAGUGAUGAUAACGCGUGGCCGCGUCCGGAGUCUUCUGCUGCCCCCUCACCUCCGACCACCUCGACUACUACUACCACCACAACUACAGCUUCUACUGCAACAUCCGAUCCCUACUUCUCUCACUUCGACCCUCGCACCGAGCACCAAAGCUAUAAGGAUGCCCAGCAAAGACUAGAAGAGACCCAUCGCGAAAAGAUCACUAAGGUGAUGAAGGAAUGGUCAGAACUGGAAGAUCGCUACCAACAGAUGAUGAGCAGCGACCCAACCGCCGCUCAGACCUUCCGUCAACGAAUGACUGCUAAAUUCCAGGCAAACGUACAGUCUCUGGAAGAGGAGGGCGUUGCUGAGCGGCGUCGGCUGGCUGCACUGCACCAGCAGCGAGUGUUGGCUCACCUUGCCCAGCGGCGCCGCACCGCGCUGUCCUGCUACACGCGCUCCUUGAGGGACACUCCACCCAACGCACAUCGAGUCCAGAAGUGCUUACAGCGCCUUGUGCGCGCGUUGGCUGCAGAGCGAAGUGGCGCGUUAGCCGCAUGGCGCCGCGCCGCUGCCGCUGGGAGGGAGGCUGCCGCUGCUGAGCGAGCCAGCGCUGCGGACAGAUUGCAGGACGCCGACCGAGCUCUCCAGCGCGCUUUGACCGCCCUCCGCCGCCGCCCUCACCUUUACUCCAGCAUCGGAACUGCUAUCGAAGAUUAUGUUCAGUCGAUGCAAUCUAAGGACGACAUGGCCGUGUCCCUGAUGUCGAUGACACCUGAAGCCGAGGAGUUGCUGCUGGACAGGAUCGAGGCUGAAGUGCGACGGGAACAAGCGGCCAGGGACCAGCUCAAUGCUAAACGAGACCAGCGCACGCGCCAGAGGCAAGACAUACAGAACGAGAGGGCUAAGACUUCGAACGGCGUGCACGAAAUUGAGGAAGCCGACGACGAAACCCGUGAAGUGGACAGCGAGACGGAAGAUCCCACCCCCACCGCUCGCACCGCGCCCCCCGCGCCCGUGCCGUCCGCCCCCGCGUCGCCCCCCGCCGACCUCGUCGAACCCACCGAGCCCAAGGACCCCACCACCCGCGCCGCCUAUACGCAAGACACCACUACUACUGAGGUGAUCACCAGCACUGUGACCGAAGCCCCUGAGAGCGAGACUCCUGAGACCAAUGAGCCCAGCGAGACUUCCAGCCGUCGUUCUACGAGCGAGACGGAAGGGUCAGGGUUGCGUGCCGCGUUAGAACAAGCCGAAGAGCGCGCGCCGCCACCGCCAGCGCAUGCUCUCAAACACGAACUGCAACAUUCUCAGCCUGGCUAUACGGUGCGCGGCACGGGUGGCAACUCUCCAGGCGGGGCUAGCGGCGCGGGUGCGUUGUACCCCGCGCUAUGCGUGGGUGGCGCAGCGCUCGCGGCCGCGGCCUGCGUGGCGCUCGCAGUGGCGCGCCGCCGCGACCGCGCCCCGCAGGCUCAAGGCUUCGUACAGGUUGAGCAAACUGGCGCAGUAGCCCCCACCCCUGAAGAACGACACGUAGCCAAUAUGCAGAUCAACGGCUACGAGAACCCCACUUACAAGUAUUUCGAAGUCAAGGAGUAAGCUACCACUCCAUCCCCCUUAACAGCCAACCCGCCUUGAGCCCCUCCCUCGCCCUACACCAAGCGAGCUAUGAUAAAAAUCUCUAGAUGUGACACUUUUCUAUUUGAUGCCGUGACGUAUGAAAGAGGAUUUUGUAUUUCAAAAAUUUGCAAUCACGGCACUGACGUUUCAAAUUGUUUAAAUUGUCGAUGUGUGUUAGUUUUCCCCUAGCAAUGGGUGUUUAAGCCCUUCCCCCUCCUCAAUUAUUUAUGGAAUCGAUGUGUGUCUGAGUGUUUAACGAUAUUUUAUGGGGUUCGGCGGGUGAUUAAAUACUCCUCUGUUUACUGUAAAGUUCAUUUUAAAUAAAGCUUGUGUGAUUAGUGAACAUAAAGGUAAUGAAAUAUAUGUACACAUCAAGUCAGUAUAAUAAUUAUUAUUUAAGAUUAGCAGUGAUAUGUUUUGAUAUUUUCUAUUAAAUUAUUGUGUUUUGUUUUGCACCAAAAUAAUUAUUUAUUGUUUCUUAAGGUUAGAUCUAAGUUUUUUGUCUAGUGUCCUAGAAAUCAUAAGUGUCACAUUUGUAGUUUUUAAAAAUUAAGUUUUCGAAACCGCGGCACGUGUGGUGACAUGCGACUUCUGUUUGGUUCUUAAGCGAUAUUGGAGUCGUUUUGGUGACUUUAUUUUUUAUGUAAUCUCAUUUCUAGAUGAUUCUGUCGAUAGGUUAGUUUCCAGUUUGAGGUCGUACGUCACCAUGACGGGCGCGUGGAACAAACGUCCAUGGUACGCUGUGUACAUAGGCUCCGCGUACAAAUUCGAACCUAAAUUACUUAUUACUUGAAGCCCGCUUUCAUUUACUUUUCUAACGUAGGUAGAUCAUAACGUGAAUUUUAUGUAAUAAAUGCGAAAAUAUAUUUUAAUAAUUAAUGUGUACUUAGCAAGGGACGGGCGGCUUAGCCGACGCGGGCGAAUUCUCUAACUAGUCUCUUCUAGUCACUGGAUCUAUAUCUGUUACUUUGUGUAUACAUUUUUGUGGAGACAUCUUUUCGAUGGAAAAGUCUUUAUCACUCACUAGAAUCUCUUCCUUCCGUUCGCCCGCGGGACAAUACUGGAGUUUCCGAUGUAAGAGCGACACGUGCCCAAAGUGUGCUUUCCUAAUUAAGCCUUAUGAUUCUUGGUACUUAUGCAAUAAUCAUAAAGAAUUCAUUCAUCUAGUCAACGCGAUUGUAUGGAGAAACGGUCAACGACGGAGUUUGCAUACGGCUCCUUAGAAAAUGGAAUUUAACAUCUAAAUAAUGAACAAAGAUGCGUAUUGCUGGAGGCUCAUAACGAAACGUAAACGUCUUUGUACAUUUUCGAGGGUUAUAUGGAGUAAAGGUUGUGUGCACACGUUGGGUACGUGGUCACCGAGCAAAUAAGCUUAGUGAGUGUAUGUACGGUUAAUAUAUAAGUAGAUGUACAAAAAGUAAUACAUUAUAUAGAUGUUUUAGCGUCAGAUACAUAGAUAUAAAGCAAAAUAUAAUUAUAUAUCGCAUUCGUCCGUAUAAAUUAAGGGCUUGCGCUCGUGUCUAAUCCCACGUACCACACUUAAUGUUACGUCGUAGUUAAGAUGUAAUUCUGCCUCAGUAUUAUAUACAUUUAAGCUUAUUUGUUACAUAAGCUAAUUUAUAUACACUAUUUCAAUUUGUUUACGGGCGUUGUGGCGUUGCUACAAAUGAAGUCAUAUCACACGCGCCACGGCUCUUCUUGCGGUUGCUUCGAUCACAUCUACAGUUUAUUAUUAACUUAACUCUCAAUACCAUACUCAAUACAAUGGCUAAAAGUACGUGCUAAAACAUUACAAUGAAAUACCGUCAAAAGUAUGCAAGUAGUUCACUUUUUGGAUAAGAGGUGUCGUUGUAACCGAAGCAGCCACAAUACGGCGCCCGCCCGUGGCUUGUAUGGCAUUUACGUAAGGUACUCACUGUUUAUAAAAUAAGUCUUAUCCUGCAAUCGUAACCGCUGUGUAUUUUUACUAACUAAUUGUUGACAAAACAAGCCGAACACUUAUUUUUUUAACAAAACUGUUUGCUCAAAAUCAGCUGUCUCUGAAAUGUUUCCAUUUCGAAAAAUAAAUUGUAUUAAAUAGACAUUCGUCGUUUGUCAAAUAAUCGAUGUUGUAGUAUAACCUGGUUUAUGUACCCUUCCCCAUUCACAAUUACACGUAUUUUGAUAAGAACAUACAUCAUUAAAUAAAUGAUUUCAUGUUUUUUUGUGUUUACCGUGCUGCAUUUUAUUGUGAGUUCGAAGUUCAAAUUGAAUCAAUAAAUAGGAAUUUAAAUAUCAGUGUUUUCAUUGAAGUAUUCCUUAACUAGGUAUACGAAAUAUACUUUUAAAAAAGUACUGCAGCAGCCAGCAAAAGAAAC